GGCUAGAAUACGGGCGCACUCCGUUUAGUCUCGGAUAGUUUGACCUCGGGCGUCCUGCUCCACCGCGGUGUCUUUCUCCCUUUAAAAACGUUACCCGCCACAGCCUGAGUGAACAAUGAGCGGCGCUGUGUGCCGUUUAUUCGCCCGGUUUCUGCUCUUCAGUCUCCCCUGAGCGUUUUUCCUCUGUUCGCCGGUGGAGGUGAGGUUAGCUUAGCUUGCUAGCUAGCUUGAAGUAAACGGAGGAGGGCGUAACCUAGCAACACAGCUGAGUGAUUGACAGGCAGCAGGGCGAGAGGGAAAAUGUCCAAAGUCCAGAGACUGAGAGCUUUCGUGAAGCAGAGACUGAGCGCGGCUGCUGAGGAGAUACUCGGCCUGUUUGAGAGCACGAUAGCGGAGUACGAGGAGGAGAUUGUCCGCCAGCGCAGACUGCUGCAGGAGGCUGGGAGGACCGAGAUCCACAACGACACGGCAGCAAAUGUCAAGACGUUCACGGUGAUUAAAGAGGUUCCCCCCGUGCAGGACCAGGAGGAGCCAGAGCCAGGUCUCAUUAAAGAGGAACAGGAGGAAGUGUGCAGCAGUCAGGAGGAGGCUGACGUGGACUUCCCCUUCACUCCUGUCCCUGUGAAGAGUGAAGAUGAUGAAGAGAAACCUCCGGUCUCUCAACUUCAACAAACUGAGGAGGAGGAAGAGGACUGUGGAGGACCAGAUCCAAACAGGAACUGUGGUCCGGGCAGAUGUUUACAACCAGAUAACAACACGACGUCAAACUGCUCAGAGACUGAAGGAGGUGAUGUUGGAUUCAGGCAGAGCAGGGAGGCUGUGAGUCAUGUGGGAUAUGAUGCAGCCAAAAGAUCAUGUGACUCUCCUGAGUGUGGUGAAGGACUGGGCAGUAAUGACCAUCUGCACAUCCACCUGAAAACAUUCACCUGCCCGUACUGUGGUAAAAGAUUCACAAAGAGCUCGAAUCUGACCACACACCUGAGAGUUCACACGGGGGAGAAACCUUUCACCUGCUCCGUCUGUAACACCAGCUUCAGUCUGCGUUGCACGUUGGUGAAUCACAUGAGAGUCCACACCGGGGAGAAACCGUUCAGCUGCUCGGUGUGCGGGAAAAGAUUCUCAAAGAAGGCCAAUCUGACCACACACAUGGCCCUGCACACUGAGGAGAAGCCGUUCAAAUGCAGCGUUUGUGGCAAAAGAUUCACCUGGCACUCACAGGUCAAAAACCACAAGUGUGCUGUCGGCAGCAGCAGGUAAAACUCACCUGGAAGAACCUCCUGUUGGAGCUCAGCCAGUGUUUAGAGUCAGUAGAAACAGAGAAACUAAACCAAACCUUAUUCUUUAAUUGUGGUGAGGAAAGAAAACAGAGAAUCGUUUCAUACGAUGUGUUCCUCCCUGUGAUUUUCAUGCUCACUGUACAGAUCAGCCAACAUGGAGCCUGCAGUCCGUUGUGUCCGGUGACAUUUCCACUAAAGUUUAUUGAAACAAGAUGGCUGUGUCCUCAGUGUUCGCCAAGACAGAGAAAAGCAGCAUCAGUUUGUGGAGCUCCACUACAACAGAAACUAAACUCAUGAAUACAUGAUUAUGAUGAGUUCAUCUGUCCAACAGUGUGUUCAAUAGUUAAAAUUAGUCUCAACCACCAACAGGGUCAGAUUGUUGCUAACAUGUUAAGGUAUCCAUCCAUCCAACCUUCUUCCUCUUUCCCCGGAGCCUCCGCCCAGUUUCAUGUUCCCAGAAAACCUCCAAACCUCCAGAUGUCCGAGCCACUGCACCUGGCUCCUGUUCAGGAGCAGCAGCAUCUAGAAGUUUGGUUACUUUUAUUUUGAAGAGCAAAUAAUACCGGAAGCCAUGUUAUUUACCGGAUGUAGCUGCUAACUUGACACCGCUGGGGAGGAAUCCUUCCGCCACAGCCUGUUGGUACGGUUUAACUUUUCUAAACGGACUUUGAGCAACAUUUCGGGAUGUUUCCGUCUAGACAAACGUGUCUGAGUGUGAAAAUGUCCACGUUUGAACGACCUGGUGUCUUACGAAGUUCACGGCGGUAGCUUAGCUUGUUCGCUGUAAGUAAACAGACGUGAUUGUUACCUGGCAGCACAGCACCUGUUUGUCUGAAAAGAAUUUGGGGAAAAUGUCUAAAGUCCAAACACUGAGAGCUUUUAUCAACCAGAGACUAACUGCUGCUGCCGAGGAGAUCUUUGUGCUGUUUGAAAGGACGAUAGCGGAAUACGAGGAGGAACUGUAUUGUUUAAAGGCGAAUCAUCGACAACGCGAACUACUGGAGGCUGUUUUCAGACCUGAAAUCCGGUUACACAGAACAGACGUCCAGCAGCUGUUGGUGACUAAAGAAGAGGCUUACCCAGAGCAGCAGGAGUGGAGUUCCAGUCUGGACCAGGAGGACCCACCAGAGACCCCAUGCAUUGAAAAGGAACAGAAGGAACUGUGGGCCAGUCAGGAGGGAGAGCAGCUUCAAAGGCUGGAGGAGGCCGAUAACGCCAUGUUUACUCCUGAAGUGAAGAGUGAAGACGAUGAUGGAGACAAAGCUCAGUCCUCACAGCUUCAUCACAGACAAACUGAGGAGGAAAGAGAUGUAGAGGUAGAAGCUGGUGGAUCAGAUCCAGACAAGACCUUAAAUCCUGGUACAUGUUUACAACCAGGUCAUGACAAGACUUCACAGGACUCAGAGUCUGAGACUGAUGAUAGUAGUUUCUACUCUGAGGAGAUCAGGGAACCUCAGUCAGGUUUAAACCUGCUACACAACAAAGUACCUGCAAGUGAUCUGGAACAUAAAACUGAGAAAACACCAGCACUGUCCUCAGAGUCUGCUGCAAGAGCAGACCACAAGAGACAUCCACAGGAACACAGUGAAAUCCAAAAAGGAGAGAAACCGUUUGGUUGCUCAGUUUGUGGUAAACGGUACCAUCAGGGCAAACUCUUAAUAAUUCAUUCAAAACUUCAUUCAAAAGAAAAACGUCAUUUUAAAAGGAGCGGGGAUGUUGGAUGUACAGAGGAGAAACCCUUCAGCUGCUCCUUAUGUGGUAAAAGAUUUGAAAAAAGCUAUAAUUUAAUCGCACAUGUCAGAGUUCACACAGGAGAAAAACCCUUCACCUGCUCAGUUUGUAAAACAUGUUUCAAGACCCGACACGCUUUGAUGAAUCACAUGAGAAUUCAUACUGGAGAGAAACCAUUCAGGUGCUCAGUUUGUGGUAAAAGGUUUGUCCAGAGUGGAUCUCUAAAACAACACACGUCUGUCCACACAGAGGAGAAACCAUACAGCUGCAACGCCUGUGACAAAAGAUUCUCUCUGCUCACUUAUCUCAGAAGACACAAGUGUGUUAGUAAGUUCAGCAGCAAGAGAAGAAGCCGCAGAAAUGCUUGUUGAGACAUUUUCUCACUUAGAAACUGAAAGAAAAAUCCUCUCAGGGCAGGGAGGUCAAAAAAAUGUACUCACUUGUCUUUCAGGGCUUCCGUAUUUAUGUGUGUGUAAUACACACACAAAUCAAUGCUUUAACAUAAAUGAAUUAUUUUCAUUCAUUCCCUUCAGUAUCAGAUAAAUAAUUGAUAUAAUACAUAAAUACUGUUUGGAUCCUUUAUGAUCGGUAUGAUGAAGUUUUCCCUGGUGUCCACUGGAGGGCAGCAGAGACUUCAAAACCAGGUGAAUUCAUUUUCUCCACUUGUUUGGAAAGUCUGCUGAGUUUUGUCUUAGUGAUGUUUCUGUGAACGAAACAUUUCCAAAAUUUUAACAGAAAGGCUUAAAGACUUGAUUUGAAGAUUAUAAUGUUUUUGUUUUUUUUGUUUGGUGUCUUUUCUGCAGGUUCUAAAGAUUGUUGUGCUGCCUUUUUAAUACAUUUUUCUACAUUUCAUUUUGUGAUCCCUGACUGACUCUUACUGCACCCUGAAACUAAGACAUUGAUAUUUAACAGCACUCACUCUGAAAUAAUUUGUUUAUGAGAUGUAAGUGACUUUAUCAGUAACUCUCUCCAUUGAUUUGAGGUGGAUCAGUAAAUGUAAGACUUGUGUUACAAGCAUAUUAUUAAUUAAAACCUCAUCAUACCAUAA